AACUGGGGCGCGGCGCGCAACUGUGAAUCCGUACGUGCACUACGAAGCCGCACGAAGCUUGACGCGAUGUGCCGAGUUUCAUUCAUCUUAUAAACACGGCUGUUACACGAGAAGAGGCUGACUGUUCUUGACACACUAUAAUUUCGAAGAACAGAUGUUGCCUUUACACGCCGAUGACAGGGAGUACGGAUCGAAGAGGGGUCUACGCCUCAAAGAAAGGGUGCAAGGAUGGAUGAGACUGAUAUUCGCAGACAAAUCAUCCAGAAAUCUCUUUCUGUUUCUCCUGCUGAACUUGUCCUUCGCAUUCGUCGAGCUACUGUAUGGAGUAUGGAGCAACAGCCUGGGACUCAUAUCAGAUUCAUUCCACAUGUUCUUCGACUGCACGGCACUCCUGGCUGGCCUGGCAGCGUCUGUCAUCAUGAAAUGGAGGGCCAACGAAAGGUUUUCAUACGGAUACGUACGAGCUGAAGUCCUGGCCGGAUUCGUCAAUGGCUUGUUCCUCCUGUUCAUAGCGUUCUUCAUAUUUUCUGAAGCCGUCGAAAGGGCUAUCGAACCACCUGAAGUGAAACACGAACGUCUCUUCCUCGUGUCCGUCCUAGGUCUCCUUGUAAAUCUUGUAGGAAUCUUUGCAUUUCAACAUGGCCACUCUCACGGAGGUGAAGGCCAUGGCCACAGUCACUCUCACGGCCAUUCUCACAGCCACUCCCACAGUCCUUCGCACGGUCACUCUCACGGCAACGGGAAAGGGCACUCUCACGGUUUUGGAUUCGAAGAACCGCACGCGGAUGAGCACAAUCAGCCUAGCCAUUCACAAAGCCAGAUAUUGCACGGUGUGUUCCUGCACAUCUUAGCCGACACACUGGGCAGCGUCGGAGUCAUAGUGUCGGCCAUUCUGAUGAGCCAGUUCGGUUGGCUCAUAGCAGAUCCUCUCUGCUCCAUGUUCAUCGCACUAUUAAUUGGAGUUAGUGUGCUGCCUCUAAUCAGAGAUUCAGUGUGCGUUCUGAUGCAGCGAACGCCAAGGGAGCUCGACACUGUUUUGCCGUCAUGCUAUCAAAGGGUGAUGCAGUUGGAAGGAGUGUACAGCGUGCAAGAACCCCACUUCUGGACACUGUGCAGCCAGGUAUACAUCGGCACUGUCAAGCUGGAAGUUGCCAAAUCUGCAGACAUUAGCUACAUCCUCAGUUCCACACAUAACAUCUUUACGCAGGCCGGAGUGAAACAACUGUACGUUCAGAUAGACUAUGCACCGAUGUGACCAGAUCAUUUGUAGUGUAAGGGACACAGUGACUAUAAUCAACGGGACGUCUGUCCGGACACGGAAGUAUUAUCGACAAGGCGACAAACUUCUACAACUUCGUGCCACCAACCUUGUGAUUGCAUCCCACAGUGCAGAGGAAGUACAAUGUUCUGCUUCUUUACUUUAACUUCCUCCAAGGAGACAAUAUUUUAUAUUCUGUCGUUUACAUUGUCAUUACAGUUGCCUUUACUGAAUCACUUGUGCGCAUAUGUGCAUAAAUUUAUUAUAUUAUUUUUUUUUUUUUUUUCGAUGUACUUCUCACAUUCCUCGCUGCAUGCCCAACGACGUCGUUUACAAGCUGCACUCGUUCACAGAGAUUCUGUUAAUAAAUUCCUGCCACAUUUUGUUACAGAAAUGAAGUGCACAUGAUUGAGACAUUAAAAGGGGUUGUAACACUU